AUGUACGACGAUGAAUUCAGCUACGAACCUGGCCGCCUUGAGAAUGCGAACAAAGAAGACCAAGAGCUAUGGGAUGAAUGCAAGGAAGAGUUAAGACUGCACGAUGAGCAGAGGCGAAAAAUGAGAGAAGAAGACAAGAGAAAAGGAGAAGCUGGAUGCAACUAUGUUGAUCCAGAUGAAUUCUGUGUGCGAAAGGACGAUGGCAGAGUAUACAAAUACAGAUACACUCCAACGCGCCCAUGGAGCUGCGGCGAUGCAUCGAAAGAUGACUUUGUCUUUCCUGAGCCUGUCGAUCGAGUCGACCCAGACUACUUUGACAAGAUUGCCAAGGAGUUGGAUCAGAGGGACCUCGAGGCCCUAGCGAGAAGGGAGGAACUCAGAGAGGAGGAGAAUAGGAAGCUAGCUGAGGAGGAGGCGCUUUCUUGGUACAACGGAAGCAAACGAGUGGAGUACGACAACGAUUUCCCUCUUUGGUGGCGGCUGCUUGACCCCGACAUGAAGGAGAGAGAGCGAGCAAAGUGGUGUACGAUUGACAGCAACUCAACGAGUCACUGGCGAGCACCAGAGGAGAAAGUCGAUCCCCUCCCAACAGACCUUUCUGAAUAUGGGCAAUGCCAGGGGCUGAAACUUCCUUGGGCUCCUAAGGACGAGGAUCCAGUGCAAGAUCCCGACGUUGAGCGAUGCGAGGCAGAGCUGUUCGGUGUGGACAACGAGGCUGCCAGAAAGAGAGCUCAGUUUAUUGAGGAUCAUACAAACAGACUGAUGGAGGACCUUCAUGAAAUCGAGAGGAACAAGCCGGCAAACAGAACUCCUUACGUGUGGAAUGAACUCGGAGAAGAGCUGAGAAGCUGCGCUUUGCGAGGCAAGUGGAAGUACAUGCAGGAACUGAUUGAUUGCGGAGCUGACCCGAACUAUCUGUCAUCCUGCUUCCCAUCAAGGCCUCUCUCUCUUGACCUGCCCUCCAGGAGCGUCUACGCUGGAUGGCGUCCCAUCCACUACGCAGCGUUCAAUGAUCACGAUAAAGCCAUUCAGAUCCUGCUGGACAACGGCGCGGCCAUCGACAUGACCAACGACUUCGGGCAGACGCCUCUCCAUCUCGCAGCUGCCAAGGCCAGCAACAAGGCCAUCACCAUGCUGCUCAAGUACGGGGCUGACACGUCCCGCCGACACGUUGAAGGGCUUCUGCCGGUGGAGCUGGAGGUCGCGCACAAGCGCAUGCACAUGGCGGAGUUUCCGACUUCGCAGAGGCUCAAAACAGCAGUUCUGCUGCUGGCAGCGGCGACGGAGGACUCAGAGGCCGCGAGAGACGCAUACGAAGAUGCAAAAGACUGGUGGACGCCUCCGGAUGGAUUUGCAAACUGA